GAAACUCCACUUAACUUCAAGUCAAUUGGUUUUCAACUUUAUGGAGCUUCAACUAGCAAAUAAAUUGCCUAAUACAUCCUUUUUUUUCAAUCAAUAUUUCAUCAUUUUUAUAUUAUUGAUUGGAGAAACUUCAUUAAGAUUCCAAAAUUGCAAAGACUACUGGACUAAGAAUCUCUAAAAUAUCAUAUGGGGUGUGUGGUGAGUUUCAAAUAAUAUUCAUACUCCUCUAUAUGAUGCAUUAUUAUUCAUAGAAAGUGGGGUCUUUGAAUGCUUCAUUUGUCCACCAAUCAUCAAUAUGCUUAUAUGCUAUCUAAUCCAUUUUUUACCAUUAAUCAGUAUUAUUUUAGCAUGUUGCCAAUUGAUUCCACAACCCUCUAUGUACCUUCCCAUUAUUAUGGCAAGUGUCAUUCCUCUUCUCAAUAUUCCUUAAAAAUUUGUCUGUUUUAAUGAAUCUUCUAGUGCUUCUUCAGUUCUUUUUUCUUCCAAGAGAAAAAAUAAAAAUAGUAAGCACUUCACCUCUAAUAGAACCUUGUGCAUAAUUUGCAUGUGCAACUAUGGAGAGGAAUGUAUAUGCAUUGUUUGUGAUGUUGUUGAUAUUUACUCUUGUUUUUUCUCUAUCUGAAGAGCUUAAUGCAGAUGGAAAAUAUCUUAUGGACAUAAAAGUGAGAUUGUUUGACAAAUACAAUCAUCUUCAGAAUUGGAAUUCAAGUGAUUCAACACCUUGCGGUUGGAAAGGUGUCAUCUGCAACAAUGACAUCGAUCCAGUAGUUGAAUCUCUUGACUUGCAUGCAAUGAAUCUCUCUGGCUCUUUGUCUUCCAGCAUUGGCGGUUUGGUUCACUUGCUUCACCUUAACCUGUCUCAAAACACUUUCUCUGGUUUUAUACCAAAGGAAAUUGGAAACUGUUCAAGUUUGCAGGUUCUUGGUCUCAAUAUAAAUGAGUUUAAAGGUCAAAUUCCUGUCGAAAUAGGCCGGCUUUCGAAGUUAACCGAAUUGCAUCUUUCCAACAACCAGCUCUCAGGACCUUUACCAGAUGAAAUUGGUAACCUUUCUUCACUCUCAAUAGUUACUCUUUACACAAAUCAUCUUAGUGGUUGUUUGCCGCCUUCUAUCGGGAACCUUAAAAGAUUGAUUCGGUUUCGAGCCGGGCAGAAUAUGCUCUCAGGAAGUCUACCUCAAGAGAUAGGUGGAUGUGAGAAUUUGGAGUAUCUUGGUUUAACUCAAAAUCAGAUAAGUGGUGAAAUACCAAAAGAACUUGGUUUACUCAAGAACUUGCAAUCCUUGGUCCUAAGGGAAAAUAAUCUUCAUGGUGCUAUACCUAAAGAGCUUGGAAACUGUAUUAGUUUGGAGGUUCUUGCUCUCUAUCAGAACCAUCUUGUGGAAGAAAUUCCAAAGGAGCUUGGAAAACUUGAAUUCCUAAAGAGACUAUACCUUUACAGAAAUGAAUUGACAGGAAAUAUUCCAAGGGAAAUUGGAAAUCUUUCUGUUGCAAUUGAGAUUGAUUUUUCGGAGAAUCUUCUAACAGGAGAGAUACCGAUCGAAUUGGUUAAUAUAAAAGGGUUACAAUUGCUUCAUCUCUUCGAGAACAAGUUAACCGGUGCGAUUCCAAAUGAGUUCACCACAUUGAAAAAUCUAACUGAGUUGGAUCUCUCUAUUAAUCAUCUCAAUGGUACUAUUCCUAUUGGAUUUCAGGAUUUGACCAAACUUACCUCUUUGCAACUCUUCAACAACUCAUUAAGUGGUAGAAUUCCUUAUGCACUUGGAGCAAAUAGUCCACUUUGGGUGCUUGAUUUGUCAUUAAACUUUUUGGUUGGAAGAAUUCCAAUUCAUCUUUGUCAACUGUCUAAAUUGAUGAUGUUGAACUUAGGAUCAAACAAACUCGCCAGAAAUGUACCUUAUGGAAUUACAACCUGCAAGUCUUUGGUGUAUCUCCGCCUCUUCGGUAACAACUUGAGGGGCAAGUUUCCUUCUAAUCUAUGCAAGCUUGUCAAUCUUUCUACAGUUGAGUUGGAUCAGAAUCAAUUCACAGGUCCUAUUCCUCCACAAGUUGGUUACUUCAAAAAUUUGCAAAGACUUCACCUUUCUAACAACCAUUUUUCAUCUGAAUUGCCGAAAGAAAUCGGUAACCUCUCUCAGUUGGUCUCCUUUAAUGUCUCAUCAAACUAUCUUUCGGGUAGAGUGCCUGUGGAACUUUUCAAAUGCAAGAAGCUCCAAAGACUUGAUCUCAGCGGCAACGACUUUGCAGGUACUUUAUCAGGUGAGAUAGGAACUCUUUCACAAUUAGAGCUUCUCAGGCUCUCACAUAACAACUUUUCUGGUAGUAUUCCCUUGGAAGUCGGAAAACUCUUGCGGUUGACCGAGCUACAAAUGAGCGAAAACUCAUUUUGUGGUUACAUUCCACAAGAAUUAGGUUCCCUCUCAUCCUUGCAAAUUGCACUGAAUCUCAGCUAUAAUAAACUUUCAGGCCAAAUACCUUCUCAACUAGGGAAUCUUAUUAUGCUAGAAUCCCUUCAACUCAAUAACAACCAUUUGAGCGGCGAAAUUCCAAAUUCCUUCAACAGUCUUUCAAGUUUACUUUCCUUCAAUUUCUCAUACAAUGAUCUUAUAGGCCCUUUACCUUCUUUACCUCUCUUUCAAAACUCCACAUUCAGCUGCUUUUCAGGUAACAAAGGGCUAUGUGGAGGACACCUUGUCCCUUGUCCAAAUUCACCUUCACAUUCCCCUCCAAAUAAACUAGGAAAAAUUUUAGCUAUAGUUGCAGCUAUUGUUAGUGGAGUUUCAAUUGUUUUAAUUCUAGCUAUUAUAUAUGUCAUAAGAAAUUUCACUGUGCCACAACAAGUCAUAGAUAAACCAAAUUCUCCAAAUGUUUCAAACAUGUACUUUUUUCCAAAAGAGGACUUGAAUUUCCAAGACAUGGUUGAAGCUACUGAAAAUUUUCAUUCCAAAUAUGUAAUUGGAAAAGGUGGCAGUGGAAUUGUGUAUAGAGCAGAUAUAUCAACUGAUGAUCAUGAUCAUACAAAUAUGAAUACAAUUGCUAUAAAGAAGUUGACAUCAAACUGUCACAGCAUUGAUGUAAAUGGCUGCUUCCGUGCCGAAAUCUUGACUUUGGGAAAAAUAAGGCAUAGAAAUAUUGUGAAAUUAUAUGGUUUCUGCAACUAUAGUGGCUCAAAUAUGCUACUUUAUGAGUACAUGGAAAAGGGUAGUUUGGGAGAGUUACUUCAUGGAGAAUCUUCCUCUAGUCUUGAUUGGUAUUCCAGGUUUCAGAUUGCUCUAGGAACUGCACAAGGACUCUCUUAUUUGCACCAUGAUUGCAAGCCUAGGAUUAUUCACCGCGACAUCAAGUCCAAUAACAUACUUAUUGAUCAUGAAUUUGAAGCUCACGUUGGUGAUUUCGGUUUGGCCAAGCUAAUUGAUAUCUCAAAGUCUAAAUCAAUGUCUGCAGUUGUUGGUUCUUACGGCUACAUUGCACCUGAGUAUGCAUACACAAUGAAAGUCACAGAAAAAUGUGAUGUCUACAGCUAUGGAGUAGUCCUAUUGGAGUUACUAACAGGCAAGAAACCAGUCCAAUCAUUGGAUCAAGGUGGUGGUGAUCUUGUAACAUGGGUCACAAAUCAUAUCAACAAAUAUUCAUUGAAACUAGACAUCAUUGAUGCAAAAUUGGACCUACUACAUGAAAUUGAUGUUGCACAAAUAUUUGAUGUCUUAAAAAUUGCUUUACUAUGCACUGACACGUCUCCUUCUAGAAGACCAAGUAUGCGUAAAGUUGUUGCAAUGCUUACAAGUUCUAGUAAAAGGAAAGAACAAUCUUCUUCAUUCUCACCAUGUAAUGAAUCAAGUAACAUAGAAGAAUGAGUACUCUUUGUUUUUUGUAUAUAACUUGUAAUUGAAUGAAUAAACUUGUAACAAAAAUAAUUGUAGUGGUUGGUAUUAAAUGCAAAGUUUACAUUUGUUGUUUGUUGGAUUAUGCGGUUUUUUU